ACGCUUUUAGGGUUCUUGGCGAUAAAUUAGGGAUUUGGAAUAUUCUCUAGGAAAUAUGCUUUGAGAGGAGGAGCCACAGGGAGGGCGGGGCGAUGAGAUCGGCGGCGAGGAGGAUCGCGGCAUUCGUGGAGCGCAGCAACAGCGCUGGAUCGCAGCGCCGGGGUUUCGGGAGCUCGGCGUCCACGCCCGCCGUGUUCGUGGACAAGAACACGCGCGUCCUCUGCCAGGGCAUCACGGGCAAGAAUGGGACCUUCCACACCGAGCAGGCGAUCGAGUACGGCACCAAAAUGGUCGGGGGCGUCACUCCCAAAAAGGGAGGCACAGAGCACCUAGGGCUCCCGGUGUUUAACUCGGUGCACGAGGCCAAGGCCGAGACCAAGGCCAAUGCGACCGUCAUCUACGUUCCGCCCAAGUUCGCAGCUGCCGCGAUCAUGGAGGCCGUGGAAGCCGAGCUCGAUCUGGUGGUUUGCAUCACGGAAGGCAUCCCACAGCACGACAUGGUUAAGGUGAAGUCUGCCAUGAAAUCCCAGAGCAAGACGCGCUUGAUCGGACCAAACUGCCCUGGGAUCAUCAAGCCUGGAGAGUGUAAGAUCGGAAUCAUGCCGGGAUACAUCCACAAGCCGGGUCGCAUUGGCAUUGUUUCUCGGUCCGGUACACUGACUUACGAAGCGGUUUUUCAAACGACUGCUGUUGGUCUGGGCCAGUCGACCUGCGUUGGGAUCGGAGGCGAUCCAUUCAACGGAACGAAUUUCGUGGACUGUUUGGAGCGUUUUGUCCAGGACUCACAAACGGAAGGCAUUAUUUUGAUUGGAGAGAUCGGUGGAACCGCGGAAGAGGAUGCUGCGCAAUUUAUCAAGGAGAGUGGGACGGAAAAGCCUGUAGUGUCCUUCAUUGCAGGAUUGACAGCCCCGCCUGGGCGUCGAAUGGGUCACGCUGGAGCUAUAAUCUCGGGAGGCAAAGGCACGGCCCAGGACAAAAUCAAAACACUGAAAGCUGCGGGAGUCACGGUUGUAGAAUCACCAGCCAAGAUUGGUGAAGCGAUGCACCAGGAAUUUAAGAAGCGAAACAUGCUUUGACAAUGUCGAUCGAUCGAGAGAGAGAGAGACGAGAAAUAACACACUAUUUUUUGUUCUCCAUUUUGAUAGAGUCAUUAAAUACACUGUUUUAGAUCAA